AUGUCUUCCUCCGGCGGCCACCAGCACAGCCAGAGCCGGGCCAUCCCCACCAGGACGGUGGCCAUCAGCGACACCACGCAGCUACCUCAUGACUAUUGCACCACGCCCGGGGGGACCCUGUUUUCUACCACUCCUGGAGGUACCCGAAUCAUCUACGACCGUAAGUUUCUGUUGGAUCGCCGCAAUUCCCCCAUGGCUCAGACCCCACCAUGCCAUCUCCCAAAUAUUCCAGGAGUUACCAGUCCUGGUACCAUGGUUGAGGAUUCCAAAGUGGAAAUAAACAAUCUGAACAAUCAUGACAGGAAGACUGCAAUGGGGGAUGAUGCUCAGUUUGAGAUGGACAUCUGAUUACCCCAGAGCAUAACCAUGGAGAGGCAGCAAUUCCUGAUACCUGUGCAUACUCGAUUCUGCUAAUAGGAUCAGUAACUGAAAGGUGGAAGAGGCAGCGGUAGCAGCAGUCUCCAUCAGACUCCCCACCUCAUCUUCCAAGUGCCAAAGGAUAAGAAGACUAGCUCCCCAACCCUGCUCCCCCCCCUUUUUUUUUUUAACUCCUAUUUCCCUGCUCUGUGACUGAAUGGAUGCCCUUGUCAAAUUAUACAGAGCUGAGGAACACUCCAAGUGGAACCUUGGCAUCUCGCACUUUAGAGGCACCCUGUCAAACCAUACACAAGUGAGAACGUACCUCCAUCACCAAUUGGAUAUUUAUUGCAAACAGCAAAGGGGCCAGGGACUAGUGGAUUUAUGCUCAGUGGAGAUGGCAUUUUCCCUGUUCCCCUCCCUUCAGCCUGAUCCCAGCUCACAAAGGGCUUAUGUGUGCACAGCAAGUAAGCAGUUGUAAUAUGGUGUCUCAAAUACUUGCGAUCACUCGCAUUUUAGAAACUGCAAGGAAUAGUGGGAGACAGGAAAUGUUGUUGGAUUCUUUGAAAGAUGAAGCAGCACAAGGAAGACUAACUUUGCUAAAUACGAAGGGCAAACAGUGGAUGUGUGAAGCCUCAGUUCUAGCAGAGUGAUUCUUCCUACAAAACUGCUCUAAAAACCAAAAUCCAAGGAUUUAACUGACCUAAAACAGGAGCCAAGAGGAACAUACAGCAGGAGUGAACUUUAACCAUUUUGUUAAUCACACCAGGAGUGAAAAAAGGGCAGUGAGCACCUUGGUCCCUACUGACUGGGAAUAAAACAGUGAUUUUCCCCAUCCUGCUUCCCAUGUCUAUAUCUGCAUCACUGCAAGAUGGUGACCCAGUGCCUUUCUUCACCUCAGAUAGGAAAACUGUUUGCAUCAUUGUGAAACAGCUUAGCUGAGUUGUGAAGGUGUCUUGAGAGCAUAGAGGACAGUACCAAUCUUACGACAAUUCAUGGGUGUCUGACAUAUUUGUAAACUCACUGUUCUUAAAGUCUUUAUAAAUUUUAAAAAGUCCCAUUGACACUUUCUUCUUUUCUCCCUUUCCUACCCCAUCCCCUUUCAAUUUUAAAUGUGAUUUUGGCUGAAAAGCAGAGACUGCUUGAAAAGUCAUUGGGCAACUUCUGUACAAUUCAGUUUUUACUGUUCUUGAAACAAACAGGUGUUUGGAAAAAAAGCUCUCACCAAUGGUUGCUGUUAUGAGAUCAAUAAAGAUCUUGAUUAUAUUAAA